AUGGCGGAGCGGGAGAUGCGGACGGUGGUGGAGUCGGUGCGGACGAUGCUGCUGCACAUGGGCGUGCAGCACCACUGGUGGCACCUCGCUCUGCGGCAGGCCGUCUGGCCCGACCUGUCGCUGGCGCGCGUGUGGGGCUGCAUGGCGCAAUUCCUCGUCCCCGAGCAGCAGCGUGGUGGGAAGCUGAAGCCGAAGGCCAAGUGGGGCCUUCAUCUCGGCGUGUCGGAGGAGAGCAAGGGCUGGGAGCUCCUCGACAUCGCCGACAACCGGGUGGUCACCUCGUCGGACGUGGUGAUCUACGAGAUCAUGUCGCUUGAGGUGUGGAAGUCAGAGAAUGGGCCGGUGUCAGGACGGAUGCUGGUGACCACACCGACGAAUACCUCGACGGCAACGCUCCCUCUGCUCGCCGAGGUCGGUGAGCUUGCUGAUGAGGACGCCGAGGUCGUCCACCCUUCCUCCCCUUCCCCUGCCCCUCCCCUCGUCGCCGACCUGCGUGGGCUGACUCCGGCGUCGGCCUCCGGCGAUGAGGGGAGGCGUCGCCUGUGGCGCCGACCAAGAGCAUCGCCGGUGGCCGACGUGACGCCCAGCAAGUCGGCCUGGAAGUGA